AUGUCGAGUGCCAGGAACGUCUCGGUCGCUCUGCGGAGGGCUCGACUGCCCAGACCCCGCUGUUUCGUCCAGCCCAUCGUCUCUCGUGCUCCCUCUCGCAUCGCUACUCGCUCAUUUAGCGUCACCUCCGCCGUCAAUGCGACCAAGGAGAUUAAGUAUACAAGCAGCGCGUAUCCCAACCUCAAGCGUGACCCCAAGUUUGCCGAGAUUACGGCCGAAGAUGUGGCCUUUUUCAAGGAGCUGCUGGGCUCCCAGUCGGCCGUGAUCGAUGGUGUGACGACCGAUGCCGCUGAUGAUAUCGAGCCAUUCAACAGCGACUGGAUGCGCAAGUACCGUGGCCACACAAGGCUAGUGCUGAAACCCCAGAACAAGGAGGAGGUGAGCCAGGUGCUGAAAUACUGUAAUGACAAGAAAUUGGCGGUGGUUCCCCAGGGUGGCAACACUGGAUUGGUGGGAGGUUCCGUGCCGGUGUUCGAUGAGAUUGUCAUCAAUACGUCGCGCAUGAACAAGAUUCGCUCCUUCGACGAGGGCUCGGGAGUCCUGGUCGCCGAUGCGGGUGUUAUCCUGGAGGUGGCGGAUCAGUACCUGGCGGAGCGGGACCAUCUGUUCCCUCUGGAUCUGGGUGCUAAGGGCUCAUGCCAUAUUGGAGGCAAUGCUGCUACGAAUGCUGGCGGACUGCGCCUGCUUCGGUACGGUAGUCUUCAUGGCAACAUUCUCGGUGUUGAGGCGGUGUUGGCGGAUGGUACUAUCGUCAACUCUCUCUCGACCCUGCGCAAGAACAACACUGGUUACGACCUCAAGCAGCUGUUCAUUGGCGCGGAGGGAACAAUCGGUAUCAUCACUGGACUUUCCAUCAUGUGCCCUCCCCGCCCGAAAGCGGUCAACGUGGCCUACUUUGGUGUUGAGAGCUACGAGCAAGUGCGCCAGGCGCACCAGGAGGCAAAGUCUCAUCUCUCUGAGAUUCUCUCCGCUUUCGAGCUCAUGGACGGUCGCAGUCAGCAGCUUGUCCACCAGUCCACUGGCAACAAGAAUCCUCUGGAUAGUGAAUAUCCUUUCUACUGUGUAGUUGAGACCAGUGGGUCGAAUGGUGAGCACGAUAUGGCCAAACUCGAGAGCUUCUUGGAACACAUCAUGGGCGAGGGUAUCGUCGCCGACGGUGUUUUGGCGCAGGAUGAGACCCAGUUCCAGGGUAUCUGGCGCUGGAGAGAAGGUAUCACCGAGGCUCUGAGCCAUCUGGGUGGUACAUACAAGUACGACGUCUCGAUUCCUCUUCCUGAACUAUACCAGCUCGUGGACGACUGCCGCGAGCGUCUGACCAAGCUUGGAUUUGUCGGGGACGAUAACUCCUUCCCUGUCCGCGCUGUUGUUGGUUAUGGUCAUAUGGGCGACUCGAACCUGCACUUGAACAUUUCUGUGCGGGAGUACAACAAGGAGGUCGAGAAGGCCAUUGAACCCUGGGUGUACGAGUGGAUCCAGAAGCGCAACGGUAGCAUCAGUGCCGAGCACGGACUUGGAAUUGCAAAGAAGGAGUUUAUUGGUUACAGCCAAGACGAGACCAUGGUGAAACUGAUGAAGCAGUUGAAGGAUUUGUACGAUCCGAACGGUAUUAUGAACCCCUACAAGUACAUUUAG